GUAUAACAUCAGGAUCUUUAAAUUUUGAUACCUUCGAGACCACCAAGACCAACCCACUGUGGUUACGUACUCACUUUUUCACAGUUUUUUCCAGGACCCUGUUAUAUAUAUUGCCCUCGGAGACGGCUCUGGCAUUAAUCCAUGGCUGAUUUGCCUAAAGAUACCCUCUACGACAUCUUUUCAAGGUUGCCAGUCGAAUCUUUAGCUCGUUUUCGUUGUGUAUGCAAACCAUGGUGCAACUACAUUGAUGAUCCUUACCUUGUAAGCAUUCAUGUCAAUGAGCCAAUACUAAUGAUGUUAAACGGCCAAUGCGCUACACUUCCCAAACAAUUGGGUCUGGGCAUUGGGAGUAAUAUCGAGCCCAAAGAAGGUAAUACUGUUUUUGAGGUGAAACAAGACCCGCUUUAUAGGUUUGAGUCUAAGGGAGGUACGAUCCUAGAUAUAGGUGUUUGCAAUGGGAUGAUCUUAUUCCAUCAACAUAACUUUUAUAGUACUAGUUGUUAUCUCGUGAUCCAUCCUCUAAGGAAAGAACGUUAUGAGUUGCCAUUCGUUGAUCUUCUGUAUCAUCCAAGUUAUGUAAAGGCAUAUGGGCUUGGUUUUGAUGAUUCUACCAAAACCUUCAAGGUGGUGUUUCUUUUUAAUAGUAGACCAACCUCAUUAACGGAUUUGGGGAAUUCAUGCACCAUGGUUCAUGUAUUGGGCACAUACUCAUGGCGAAAGAUACCUCAAAUCCCGGACGAUUGUUCUAUGAUAAAGGGUCAAGGUGUAUUUGUUAAAGGACUCUUGUAUUGGGCUAUUAAUCUCCGUUGGCCUGGUACGCAUGGAGACGUUGUCAUACACAAUGUAAUAUACUUUGAUGUGACCAAGGAGGAAUUUGGGUCGAUUGAUCCUCCUCCAGACCAACAAUGACAACUAGGCAGAGACUGGUUAUUAAUGAGGAUGAGCUGCUUAAUAUACAUGAUAAAGUCGGAUAUGCAUAUAAAAUUGAUGAUAGCGUACUGGUAUGGAUAUUGAAGCACAAAGAGUGGGUGUCGUACUGUCAGUUCCAUUGUGCAUCACCUGUAAAUAGUGGCGACUGUUUUUUAUCCUUGCGUGGUUUACAGUGUUGUAACCAAGACGGGGACAUAUUAAUCAAAGAGCGUAUAUAUGGUGGGUUGUUUAUUUACAAACUGAAAAGUGGAGAUUUACAUGAACUCAACAUCAGUGGUCUCGAAGAUAAGUCUGAGAUAAUAUUGUAUCAAAGUCACCUGUCCUCUACUAUCCAUAAUAUCAACAAAAUGUGUUUCCCAGCAACAAAGAUUGAUCUUAUAAAAGCAACUUCAACCAGAACUUUUUUUAAAGCUUUUUAUACUUUGAAAAGUCUUUUUGAUUUACCUAACCUCUAUUCUUUUAGUUAUGUUUUUAUUACUAUAGCAUUACC